AUGACCUCCAUCAGUGAACCUGCCCAGAUGGAACUGAGAGAAUUUGUUAGCAAUCAGCAAAUCACCGAUCAACCUAAUACUCAUGAAACUGCAUCUCUACCUCCAGUCGAUGGCGGGAAGGCGGCAUGGCUCUUUCUUUCUGGCAGCUUUUGCAUUGAGAUGCUUCUCUGGGGCUUUCCGUUCUCUUUCGGUGUGUUACAGGAUUACUAUUCCACCCACCCGCCUCUUUCUCAACAUCCCGCGGGUAUUUCCGCCAUCGGGACAACAUGUUCGGGCAUCAUGUACUUGGGCGCACCAUUAGUGUUCCUUGCCUUCCAGAGAUGGCCGAUAUUCCUGCGGCGGAGUCUCUUCGUUGGCCUGCCCAUUGUCGUCCUCGCCGUCUUUCUCUCGAGCUUUGCCACCAAGACCUGGCAUCUCGUUCUUACCCAGGGGAUUCUCUACGCCAUCGGCGGCAAUCUCGUCUACUACCCCAUCUACAGUUUCAUUGACGAGUGGUUCGUCCGCCGCAAAGGGUUCGCCUAUGGGGUCAUGUGGGCUGGUUCCGGAUGUGGCGGGUUGGCUGGUCCGCUGGUGCUUCACUGGGGCGUCAGCAAGUAUGGUGUCGAGACUUUCUUGAGGGGCUGGUCAAUUGCUCUGUUCGUCUUGAUCGCUCCAUUUCUUUAUUUCGUCAAACCACGGAUUCCUCCUUCCCGAUCUCACCGAGCACCGGUACGAGCUAUUAUUGCUGGGUUUGGGUUUGUCAAGACAAGGCAAUUCUGGGCGAUAGAGAUCUGCAACAUCAUUCAAGGGCUGGGAUACUUUGUUCCUCAGCUCUAUCUUCCCACCUAUGCCCGCGUUAAUGGCCUUCAUUCGGGCUCACUCCUCGUAUCACUGCUCAACGUUGCACAAGUCCCAGGUGUAAUGGUCCUCUCCGCUCUGUCAGACAAGGUGCCCGUGUACACCGUCAUCCUGAUCUCGUCGCUGGGAUCAACCCUGGCCAUCUUCCUUCUCUGGGGUCUUGCGUCAUCCUCGACGGGUCUGCUGAUAACGUUUGCCUUGUGCUAUGGAUUCUUUGCCGGUGGGUUCACGGCCGUCUACGCCGGCGCCGCUCAGGAGUUCCGCCGUGUCACCCCCGGCGGAGACACGGGGCGCGCAGACUUGGGCAGCAUGAUGGGACUCCUCGGUGGCGGAAGAGGGAUCGGAAACGUGGUGUGCGGUCCUGUCAGCGAGGCACUACUGCACAGCAGCAGCGUCACAGGGUGGAAAGGUGCAGCAGGCGCCUACGCAGGCAGCUUUGGGCCACUCAUUGUCUUUGCGGGCACAACGGCGGCGUUGACCAUGUCGAGUUGGGCGGCCAAGGCCAUGAAGAUUGUUUGA